UUGUGAUGUUUUAUUAAGUUUUAUCAUGGAAAUAAUGUAAGUAAAUGCGGCUUAGCUGUUGAAAAAGUUUUGUAUGUGAACUGUUCAGUUGCUUAACUGGUAAGCGACUCUCUUUAUAUGUCCUUGUGUUUUGUUUGUCUUGUGUGUAAAAACAAGGAGAAGCUGGGAAAACACGUUGUGUCACUGAUAAUUGAUCAACAAGGAGCAAGGAUGAACACGACUUGUAAUACAACGGGGGGAAAUCUUGAGCAUGCAAGCUUGUUAAAUAUUGUAUUCUCUUGGACUCUCAAUGAUGUUCUCAACAAAAAUCUUAUCAAACACCAGGUACGUAAGAUUCCACAAACAUUCCUGUCAACAAAAGAUUACAUGAAUUCAUUCAUUCCUGCAUUAAUUGAGGAAACUCAUUGUGAUCUGGCUUCAAGCUUGAUAAGUGUGUCUCAAGCUCCUUGUUGUGAAAUCAGAACAAUUGAUUGGUCCAAGGACUUCAAACCUCCCAAUAACUUGUUCUAUCAGAUUACAUUGAAGAGCACUAUUGAUGAUUUGAAAAAUGUAGGAAAAUAUGAACCUGAGGUAGGCGAUAUUUUUGCAUUCACAAAUGUGAGACCAAGAAGCAUAGAGGACUUGAACAAGCCCUUAAGAUGCUACCAUAUUGCUUUUGUUCGAGGGCCAAAAGAUUUAUAUACUGAUGAGAUACCUAUACUGUCAUCCAUGAGCAUGGAGAAUGAUAUGAAAUCUGACUUGAGGAGUAACAAAGCACAAAAGCUUUAUGCUGUCUACCUUUUGAACAUGAUAACCAAUCUUCGUAUUUGUAAAGCCUUGAACUCUCAAUUGGAGGGUGCAAGCAUGAACAUUGUUAAGAAAGUGCUAAAAGUUGAGCAUUCAACGAGUGGAGAAAACUGCCACAUUUGCUUGACUGGAGAAAAUCACAAUCGAGCCUAUUCUAUUGCUCAAAACAUAAUAAACACUCAGAAUCUGAAUGAAUCUCAAAAAGAUGCGAUUCUAAGUUGUGUCACAAUGAAGAAGUGUCCUCAUCAUAAUGACACUAUUAAACUUAUAUGGGGCCCACCAGGAACAGGCAAAACAAAGACAGUUGCUUCUAUGUUAUUUUCACUACACAAGCAAAAAACCAGAACAUUAACAUGUGCUCCAACUAAUACUGCAGUGUUGGCAGUGGCAUCUCGGUUGCAUAGUUUGGUUAAGGAUUCAUUAAAGCAUGAUACAUAUGGGCUUGGUGAUAUAGUGCUAUUUGGCAAUAGUUCUAGAAUGAAAAUAGACACUUACAAGGGUCUCGGUGAAGUAUUUUUGGAUAAUCGUGUGAAAGAUUUGUUGCAUUGUUUUUCUCCAGUGACUGGAUUGAAACAUUACUUGCAAUUGAUGAUCAACUUUCUGAAGGAUCCCGAAGUGGAAUAUGGUUUAUACAAGGUUGGUGUGAGUGUUGAUUUAAUGUCACUAGAAGAAUUUGCUAAGCAAAAUGGGUGUAAUGUGGGACCUUCAUAUCGUUCAUACAAGAGACGUGUUGAGAAGAGUCAUGCUCCUAUGAUAUUAGAGCAAUUUGUGGAGAAAAGAUACCCUCAUAUUUCAGAGCAAUACCUUUUGUACAAGGAUGAAAGAAUGUUAAGUGCUGGUAUGACAAUAGAGCAAUUUGUAAAGCAUAAAUUCAGUUUCAUUGGAGAGAAGCUCAAGUUAUUCAUGAAAAUUUUGUAUACACAUUCACCAACUUCUUUUAUUCCAUUAAAGGUGGUGAAGAGCAUGUUGAGAGCUUUGAAAUUGCUAAAAUCACUUGAAAUUUCCAUGCAUCAAAACAAGUCCAAACAAACUCUCCCUGACUGUGAAGAUGGAGAAAGCAUUCUUAGGCGCUUUGGAUGGUUAGGCUUCAAAAGAGAAAAAUGCCUUCGCAUCCUAAGUUCAAUUUCUCAGUCAAUUUCAUUUCCUAAUCUUAGAACCAAAAAAGGCAUAUCAACUUUUUGCUUGAUGAAUGCGUGCCUAGUUUUUUGUACAGCUUCAAGUUCUUCAAAGUUGCACACUGAAGGGAUGAGAAAAUUCAAAUUUUUAGUAAUCGAUGAAGCUGCCCAAUUAAAAGAAUGUGAAUCAGCCAUUCCAUUACAGCUUCCAGGCGUCCAUCGUUGUAUACUCAUUGGUGAUGAGAGACAACUUCCAGCAAUGGUCAAAAGCAAGAUUGCUGACAAGGCUGAAUUUGGAAGAAGUUUGUUUGAGAGGCUAGCGUUGUUGGGGUACAAGAGGCAUAUGCUUAAUUUUCAAUACAGAAUGCAUCCAUCCAUUAGCAUGUUUCCAAGUAAAGAGUUCUACGAAGAGCAACUUUCUGAUGCCCAUAAUGUCAAAGAAAAAAGCUAUAAUAAGCGGUUCCUUGAAGGAAAAAUGUAUACUUCCUACUCUUUUAUAAACAUAUCUAAGGGUAAAGAGCAGUUUAAUCAUGAAUACAGUUUGAAGAACAAAGUUGAGGCUGCUGCUAUCUCUGAGAUUAUUGGAAGCCUUAAGAAAGAGUUUGUGAGGACAAGAAAGAAAGUUAGCAUAGGAAUCAUCUCUCCAUAUAAGGCUCAAGUCUUUGAAAUCCAGGAGAGAAUUAAGCAUUACAUUUCAGUUUCUGAUUCAUAUUUCUCUGUUAGUGUUCGUUCUGUGGAUGGUUUUCAAGGUGGUGAAGAAGAUAUUAUAAUACUUUCCACUGUGAGAUGUAAUGGGAGUGGAAAAGUGGGUUUUCUUUCCAAUAGACAAAGAGCAAAUGUGGCUCUUACAAGAGCUAAAUAUUGCCUUUGGAUAUUAGGCAAUGCAGCAACUUUAAUCAACAGUGACUCUGUAUGGAGAAAGCUCGUUCUUGAUGCUAAGCAAAGAGACUGUUUUCAUAAUGCUGCUGAGGACAAGAAAUUGGGUCAGGCUAUUGAGGAUGCCUUAUUUGAGAUUGAACUACUUGAAGAACCUGAGUCACCGUUUAAGAAACUGAGUCUAAGGGACAAGUACAAGAAAGCUACUACUUCCUCCCGGCCACGGAACCGAGGUGGUGAUUGA